AUGGCAGACCAAAAUCCUCAAUCAGCGCAUCCAAUCGCAGCGGACGAUAACAAUGGGUCUUUGACCAUCUCAUGGUGCCUCCACGAAGAAGAUACAGCAGCUUCAGUCAACCUCGAACCAUUGCGCAAGGAGCGGCUUGAGAUCCCAGCCAAUGUAAUUAACACCGUCUGCAGCACCGAUAUUGUCGCGAAGAUAAAAACACUACUCACACACAGUCAAUUACGCGCACUCAACGUCAAAUGCGUCUUAUUGUCCGAUGUGGGCGGUCCCCUCUCCUCGAAUGAUCCAUUAGGACCGAUUUUCCGAGGACUACUUGCCAGAGGGAUUGAACCCAGGAUAAGGCUAGAGCUUACGACUAACGCUAAUCUCCGUGGACAACAUCAUCCGUUUGAGGAUUGCUUAGGGAUUGGUCCAAUGAUCAUGAAGUUCAUCGAGACUCUCGAGGAUAUGCAUGAGUUGAUUGAGAAAAGCGUUGUGUCAACGGACCCUGCGAAGCAAGGAAUUGCUCGGCGGCUGAAUAGGGGCAUGCAGGCUCAUGUGAAUGUUAUCAGGGAUGAUUUGGAGACCUUUAGAGUAUCGGGCAGUUUAGCCAUCUAUAAAUGGAAGCCUGUCUGCCAAUUCUCCCCGUAUGAACCUCGAGCAUCGAUCAAAACCCGACUACAAUCGUGUGGGGAUUUUGUGCAGAGUCAUACCUCGCCUUUCGAACAAAUGGAAUUCGCCUGCUAUCUCAAAAAAUUCUUAUGA